AUGGGGAGCGAUGCAAAAUGGAUGCAGAUAGUUGAAGAGAAACGAUCUCUUCGAGAUAAGGCUUUGGAGCCAUAUCUAGUUUCGGAUAUGGAUCAACGCCUGCCUCGAGUGCAUAACGUUCAGGACCGCUCUUGCGUCAGAGAUGACCCCGUCGCCCAGGAGAUCACAGAUAUCGAUAAUGUCCCCAAGCUUGUGGAGCGGCUGAGAUCUGGAGACUAUACAGCUGAACAGGUGACUCGUGCCUAUAUUCGAAGGGCUGUGAUAGCACAUCAGUUGACUAAUGCCAUCACGGAAGCAGUCUUUGAAGACGCUUUGCGCCAGGCCCGACAGCUGGAUAGUUCAUUCAAAGAAUCCGGCAAGCUCAAGGGCCCGCUCCACGGGGUCCCAGUGACCGUCAAGGAUCAAUUCAACGUCCAAGGCACCGACAGCACAUUAGGGUACAUCGGUCGCUCGUUUCGUCCGGCCGAAGAAGAUGCUCUCAUCGUCCGCAUCUUGAAGGAACUGGGCGCAGUUGUUUUGCUCAAGACAAACCUCCCCCAGAGCAUUCUGUGGGCCGAAACCGAAAACCCUCUUUGGGGGCGAACGGACAAUCCCCGUGAUCCAGAGCUCACGCCGGGAGGGUCUACAGGUGGCGAGGCUGCUUUGUUGGCUCUUCAUGGCUCCAUCUUUGGCCUGGGAACUGACAUCGGCGGGAGUAUUCGUAUCCCAGGGGCUCUGAACGGCCUGUAUGCUCUCAAGCCAAGUAGCAAUCGGUAUCCCGCUGCGGGAGUGCCUGGAUCCACCGAAGGGCAGGAGAAUGCCCCCUCUUCGGUCGGCCCCCUGGCUCGCGACCUGGAGUCACUGUGCUACGUGAGUCGGCUUAUUGCAAACUCCGCACCUUGGGAAUACGACGCAAAAUGCGCUCCUCUGCCAUGGGACGAGAAGGUCUUCGAGGACAUCCAGACCCGCCCGCUAGUAGUCGGACUAAUUCUGGACGAUGGAGUCGUCCGAAUCCACCCUCCGGUCGAACGCGCCCUCCGAGAGAUUGCCGCCAAGCUCACGCAAGACGGACACGAGGUCAUUCUAUGGGACACAUCAGACCAUCAUAGCUGUGUCCAGCUCAUGGGCCAAUACUACACGGCGGAUGGGGGUGAGGACCUCCGUCGUGACAUCAGCGCGGCGGGCGAACCGAUGAUCCCGCAUGUGCAAGCGCUCAUAGACCGCGCGGAAACGAAAUCCGUGUACGACUAUUGGCAGAUGAAUCGAACAAAGACCUCAAUGCAGCAGGCGUACCUGGCCAAGUGGAAUGCUGUCCGUUCGCCCCGGGGUAAACAGGUGGACGUGCUUCUGGGGCCGACGGUACCACAUACGGCCAUCCGGCAUCGGGCCCUAAAGUACGCCGGCUAUACCAGGAUCUGGAACUUGCUGGAUUAUCCGGCUCUUGUGAUUCCUGUCGAUAUUGUUAGAAAAGAUAUUGACAGGCGACGAGAGAGUGGUUAUUCGCCGCGUAAUGCCCUGGACACCUGGAACUGGGACCUCUACGAUCCAGAUACUAUGGAUGGUCAUCCCGUCAGCUUGCAGAUUAUCGGGAAGAGAUUCAAUGAGGAAAAGGUCUUGGGUGCGGCAACUGUUAUUGAGAGGAUCUGCAAAGUAGACAAGUGA